AUGAUUUCACGACCAGCGGCCGCAACUUUGGGGUGCUGCGGCUGCAGAAGUGCAAUCAUUAGAGCUGUUGUCGCUAGAUCAACGCCGACCUUUCAACAUAUGGGACUUCGCUCUACACUCCAAAUUCCCCGGCUACCUCAUAGAUUCGUCUCUACCGACCGAAGCAUUGCGUCCAGUUCAGCGCAGACGCAGACGCAGACGCAAGACACAACCGGCUCGAAUAAUCAUGAAGAGCCCCAAGAGCGCACAAUCGAAGCCGAGUCUGCUACCGACAGCCCUUGGUUCCUCGAGGUCGAGCCGCCUAGGCACCCCCCAAGUCUCCAUGCGCCUUCCGUACCAAAUGCGCCCAACGAAUCUCCUGAACUCAUAGCUCCAAUGAUCAAAUAUAUAUUUGAAGAUAUGGGCUUGGAUGAUAUUUCCCUAAUGGACUUGCGUGAUCUAGAUCCCCCAGCCGCUCUUGGUCCGAAUCUCAUUAUGCUCUUUGCGACAGCCCGGAGCGAGCGACAUUUGCACAUUUCAUCUGGACGUUUCGUGCGAUGGCUCCGAAGAAACUAUAAAGUGGAUGCACGAGCUGAUGGGCUCAUCGGGCCUGGGGAAUUGAAGACCAAACUGCGACGGUUGCGAAAGAAGGCCAAGCUAAUGGGUACCAACACGAUGAUUCUUCCAGGUGGCGACAAUGGCAUAUCCACUGGCUGGGUGUGUGUUAACUUUUCUACAAGCGACAAAGUCUCCGAUGAAACCGUCAGCUAUGAUGAGAGCGGGCGUUUCUCAGGCUUUGGCGCUUCUCCCACUGGAACCACCAUUGUGGUGCAGUGUAUGACGGAGCCAAGGCGAAAUGAGCUUAAUUUGGAAACUCUGUGGCAAGGCGUGUUGAAGCGGAACUUGGAGCAAACAAUGAAGAUCAAGGGACAACCCAUUCAGGACCAAACCGAAUUGGAGACCUUGGUAUCAUCCAAGAUUCAGCUCCCCGAUAACUCGUCGCGUGUUCAGUGGCAGAAAUUGCAGCAGGCUUCACAGCAGCAGAGAUUUUUUUCCACGAAUGCCAGAAGGCUGCAGUCACAAGACUAUGCAGCUGCCAGCUCUGAAAACAAAGAACCAGAAAAUCCCAGCCUGGCAGCAGAGCCUGAAGACUCUGAGCUCAAAACCCUCCAGCGACGGAUCACGGACCUUCACAUUUCUGGGACGUCUCUGAGUCAACAAGUUCUUGAGCGCUUAAUAUCAGCGGCAUUUCACGCAUCCCACUCAGAGGGCGAUGCAUCCACACGCCUGGACCUUGUGGAUCAACUACUCCAGACGGCCGAGGAGCGAGGAAUCUCGGUCCAAUCCAAAGACAUGCUGGUCACUUUGAUUGAAUCCAUAGUCACGUCAGCUGCGUAUGGACCAGAAUUGGAGCGUGCGCAAAGCAACCUUGAAUUCCUACUGCUCAAUCUCCAAACACCAUUGGAACAUAGCCAGACACUGCGGCUGAUGAAAGCCUACGCCGAGCGACAAGCCUGGGAUCGGUUUUGGGACACCUUUCGCGCGCCUGCCAGAUUUCAAAUUGCGCGACCUGGAGAGCUAUAUGAACUAGCUUAUCGCGUCAUGGUUUCUACACAAGACGCCAGUAUGUGUAUAGAUGCGUUGAGGUGGGUGUACCCGGAGAUGCUGAAAGAGGAACCGCCUGUCUAUCCCACGGGCCCCGUCUACAACGCGCUCAAGGCCUGUAUCCUGGUCGCUGAUCCGGCGGCAGAGGAGAUGCUUCUUAACCCACCAUCACUGGACUCACUGGGCCUCAUUGGUCGACGACGCCUUCAGCAUCGAGAGUUUGUGCGGGUCCUGAGAGAGGUCGAAGACGCUCAUCGCCAUCUGGUCGGCACUCAAGCCCGAGAGGAGCGAGCACAAGCCCUGCACCGAUUCACGGAUGGUAACACACCUAGCUGA